GUAAAUCACAUAAAUAUAUUGAAAUAUGUUAUUAUAUAGAUAUUGAUAUAAAUUUACGCGAGAUUUUCCAGUCAGAUCACAUUUAAUCUAGUGUUUGCAUGGAAUGCGCUUGAGAUACAUGUGUUAAGAAUGCGCACAGUAUCACGGCAUCUCUACUUGCAGGCAAUUGUGUAGAAUAAUGAAAUACAAUGCAUGUUCAUAAUUUGCUCUCAGGGUGAAGACAAUUAGCUCGAGUAAAUAUUGUACAGCGGAUAUAUGACAGGUUGUACGACAGCUCUUCGGCGUCAGGGUUGUUAUAGAGAUAAGUAUUCUUAUAGUUGUAGAGUCGACAUCCUUUUUUCCACUUUGAAAUCAUCGAUCGUAUUGAAGCUCGCCGAAACGGAAUAGCUUGUGGAUUAUAAUUUGGAUAGGAACCGGCGAGACUAUAGUAACAACUCUGGGGUCGAAGAGAAACACAAUACAUAAAGGAUGCGAGCACUAAAACUCGCCUUGUUACCAUCUGCGAUAGCUAUAUGCGCUAGUGGUUUUACACCCCGUGAAGACUCUCUUACUGAAAAUGUAAAGCACUACGAGUUAGUGACUGCCGAACAAGUGCAUAGUACUGUACGUAGGGCAACUGAAUUUUCGGGUGACGGCACACUUUCGGCUAUUGAUAACCACGUCAUUGAAUACAAAACCACUGUGUUUGGCCGGCUCUUUCAUAUGGAACUAGUACGUGCGACACCCGCUUCCGAUCGCACCCGCGGAUCUGACGCCCUCGUUGGAGAUGGACUAUACCAAGGGCGGGUGCUCUCAAGCAAUGUGGCCGAACAAACAGUAGGUAUUGUGCGUGGGUAUAUGCAGGAUGAUCACUUCCGGGGCAGUGUCAGUACAGAAGAUGAAGUGUUCUUCUUCGAACCGGCGCGGAGAUAUGCACAGCAUGCGCAUAGGCGAGCAGGGGAUCGCGUCGUGUAUCGUGCUUCGGAUGUCUCGUACAAGCACACUGAUGGGAACACCUAUGCGGGAGCUGCUAUGUUUAAAUCGCUCGCCGCUAAAAAGAGAAACUCACUUGAGCACCGGCCUCGAUAUCGGAGAGAUGAAUUAGAGGAGUCACCAUCGAGGGAAACAGACGGUCGCGUUUUCAAUGUAACCGUCACUUUAACCGACUCCGACAACACGUGUUUGGUCAAGGCGGUAAGCGAUCAUACCUACACACAGAGCCACAUGACUGCUGGGUCAGCAGCCAAACACAUGGAAUGGGUUAUCGGCGAAGUGGAUCAGAUCUUCUCCAGCGGGACUUUCUAUGCGGGAGCAAAUCCGUGGCACAUCCGUGUAGCUCUGGCUCCCUUUGAUCCCAUUGAUACAUACCUCUCGCCCACUGACUAUCCCGAGAACAUCAAAGGCUUGGCGAACGAAACCCUAGAUCCGGAAGGCGUCCUUCUGGAAUUUGCCAAGGGCACCUGGAACGGAUACUGCCUGGCGCAUCUCUUUACACAUAGAGAACACUACGGCACGCUGGGCCUAGCGUAUGUGGCUAGUACGGACGUAGACAAGCCUGGGGGUAUAUGCGCGGGCCGUGUCUCCACCUCCGAGGGGUAUCUCAAUCUGAAUACUGGAAUGCACAGCGAUAUCAUGUUCGGCCAGACAAUUCCUGAUGCCGUGGAAGUCAUUGCUACGGCUCACGAGAUAGGUCACGGAUUUGGCGCAUUGCACGAUUCAUUGGAUUGGCCGUGUUAUGGAGUACCUGGUGGUCCGUAUCUCAUGUAUGCAUCGACAUCCACUAAAGUCCAGGCAAACAACGAUCAGUUCUCUGUGUGCUCCGUGGCCAGCAUACGGUCUGUACUGACCGCUAAAGUAGAAAAGCAAUGUUUUAUGCCGUAUCCGGGACAGUACUGCGGCAAUGGUCUAUUGGAGGGCGACGAACAAUGCGAUGCGUUUGGCGAAGGCAAUUGCUGCACCAGCGACUGUAAGCUAAAGGACGGGGCUGUGUGCGCUAUUGCUCCAUGCUGUGACUCGGCUACAUGCCAAUACCAACCGGCAGGCACUGUGUGUACGGCUGCGACCGGGUGUUUGAAACGGGCAGUAUGCACGGGCGAAGACACCGAGUGUCCGUACCAAGAAACGCUACCAGAUACCACCACCUGCGGGUCAGGGGAGAUGCAGACCGAUGCGUGGAUGUGCAAAACUGGGGUGUGUGCCAACACCCUCGAGAGCCAAGCUUCCAUCAUUCCGGAGGAGACUGAUGAUACAGUGUGCAGUCUGUUGCUCGAUGCGUCGCAGUGCAACUGUCCAGAAGAUGUGGGCGGGUGUAAGCUCUGCUGUACAUUCAGCGGGAACAUAGUGAAUGCCAACAGCACCAAUACCGGGACAAAUCAGAAUACCACAGGCCCAUGCAUCACAGCGGAGAGUUACUGUGCGCUCAAUGCACUGAUUGACCCUGGGUGCCUGGUGAACGCAGGAAAAGACGCUCAGCUUACACGCGUGCCAAACUUCGGCGGUGGGUAUCCGUGUAAUGACUACACCGGUUUCUGCGAUGGCCACGGGGAUUGCAAAGUGGCCAGUAACCCUGCUACAGCUUCUGUGGUCUUUCCCAACCCCUUGGUGUUCAUCGAGUAUACCUGGUACUACUUUGUAUCUGGACUUAUAGCUCUGCUGCUGCUAGUACUGUUCUACUUCAUAGUAAACAGGUUUUGUCCUGGUAAUAGGCGGCUGCGACGGAAGGCCAUCGAGCGAACGAGACGAGACGUGCGUACUGACUUAAAGCGUGCUAAGAAGAAAGAAAAGUACCAAGACACGGCCGACGAGCUGCUAGAGAGCGAGUUGUCCGUGGAAAAUAUGGAUUUCGCUCGAGCCAUAUCCAGAGACGAGUACUCGGAUAUCGACGCAUACGAGAUGGAGGCGAGGGCUAGUCACGGUUCUCAAUACAGUACAAGGAGUGAUAGAAUGUUCCGGGCGGAAGGCAUGAGCACGUCACACGACCUAUUCAAGACCCGUACAGCUUCGCACAAGGCGGCUACUCCAAGGAUGGGACAGCUGUCUGAGGAAGGCGUGGUUUCGAUGUUGUCGCUUGAUCAUCCUGUUAAUUCUGAUGAUUCCGAUGAGAACGAACCGUCCGCCUCUGGUACCACUAAGGUUUAGCGCAGGUGGCAGGGAGUAUGAUGAGUACAAAACCGACUCAGUAAAAUCGCACCAAUAAAUUGGAUUUAAC